GAUUUGUGACAUAACCUAGAACCGGUGAAAAAAUCACGUUUCUAAUAGCCAUCAUUCCGAAGUCCGAGCAGUGAGAAGUUUCGAGAAGUGUAAGAACAAAGCUCGAAGUCUGCUGUAUCUUAUUUAACCAUUCCAUUUACCAAGUUCAAGUAACAAUGCUGCGUUUGCCUCGUGUUGUUCGUCAAACUGUUUCUCUACAAAAAUCACACCAGUUGUCAAGAUUUUAUGCCAAAGAUGUACGAUUCGGUGCUGAUGUAAGGGCUCUUAUGCUCCAGGGCGUAGACGUGUUAGCUGAUGCAGUUGCCGUGACAAUGGGACCUAAAGGUAGGAAUGUCAUUCUAGAACAGUCUUGGGGCUCGCCUAAAAUAACCAAAGACGGUGUUACGGUCGCUAAGGGAAUAGAGCUAAAAGACAAAUUCCAGAACAUUGGAGCUAAGUUAGUUCAAAAUGUAGCUAAUAAUACGAACGAGGAAGCUGGUGAUGGAACUACAACGGCAACGGUACUCGCCAGAGCAAUUGCAAAAGAAGGUUUCGAAAAAAUUUCAAAAGGAGCCAAUCCUAUUGAAAUUCGUCGUGGUGUCAUGUUAGCCGUGGACGCAGUCAAAGACAAAUUGAAAUCUAUGUCUAAGCCAGUGACAACUCCAGAAGAGAUAGCACAAGUGGCAACAAUCUCUGCAAAUGGUGAUAUUGCUAUUGGAAAACUGAUUGCUGAUGCAAUGAAGAAGGUUGGCAGAGAUGGUGUCAUUACAGUUAAAGAUGGCAAAACACUGUAUGACGAAUUAGAAGUAAUUGAAGGUAUGAAAUUUGAUAGAGGUUAUAUUUCACCAUAUUUCAUCAACUCAUCUAAAGGUGCUAAAGUUGAAUUCCAAGAUGCUCUUGUGCUUUUCUCUGAAAAGAAAAUCAGUAAUGUUCAAACCAUUAUCCCUGCUCUAGAGUUAGCAAACCAGCAAAGAAAGCCUUUAGUUAUAGUUGCAGAGGAUGUUGAUGGUGAGGCUUUAUCGACUUUGGUUGUUAACAGACUUAAGAUUGGUCUACAAGUGGCUGCAGUUAAAGCUCCAGGUUUUGGAGACAACAGAAAGGCAACCCUCAGUGAUAUGGCUAUUGCUACUGGAGGUGUUGUGUUUGGUGAUGAUGCAAAUCUCAUUAAACUUGAAGAUGUCCAGCUGUCCGACUUGGGACAAAUUGGUGAAGUUUCAAUCACUAAAGAUGACACAUUAUUUUUGAAAGGCAAGGGUAAGAAAUCAGAUAUUGACCGAAGAGCUGAGCAGAUCCGUGACCAAAUUCAAGAAACAACAUCUGAGUAUGAAAAAGAGAAGCUGCAGGAGCGUCUUGCAAGGUUGGCAUCUGGAGUUGCAGUUCUUCAUGUAGGCGGUUCUAGUGAGGUUGAGGUCAAUGAGAAAAAAGACCGAGUGAAUGAUGCUCUGAAUGCAACCCGUGCUGCUGUUGAGGAAGGUAUUGUUCCUGGUGGUGGAUCUGCUCUCCUUAGAUGUAUUCCCACCUUAAAUGAACUCGCAACAGCCAAUUCAGAUCAAGCAACAGGUGUUGAGAUAAUCAAGAAAGCUUUAAGGAUGCCAUGCAUGACUAUUGCCCGUAAUGCCGGCAUUGAUGGAUCUGUGGUUGUUGCCAAAGUUGAAGAUCUCGGUCCAGAAUUUGGUUAUGAUGCUUUAAACAAUGAGUAUGUAAACAUGAUUGAGAAGGGUAUUAUUGAUCCUACAAAGGUAGUGCGAACUGCACUUACUGAUGCCAGUGGAGUAGCUUCUCUGCUUACAACAGCAGAAGCUGUGAUCUGCGAUAUUCCUCAAGAGAAGGAGCCAAACCCAAUGGCAGGAAUGGGUGGCAUGGGAGGCAUGGGGGGAAUGGGUGGAAUGAUGUAAUUUGCUAAUAAUUAACUGUUGUACAAAGCAUUUAUAGCAUAAAGGACAAUUUAAACUACAUCUCAUAAGAUAUUUGAAAGUGUUUUCCAAUAUUAUGUGCAGUGAAUGUAAUUUUUUAUUGAGUCUGAUUGUGUUAGAUUAGAUAGACAGCUGUCUGUAGAAUUAUUUAGUUAUUAUUGCUUCAGUGAAGCAAAGUUAUUUUUAAUAAAUAAUGUUAUUUA